UAUCACUCAUCAGUAGCAAAAGCAAAAUGGAGAGCCUAACGUAUAACGAAAGGGAAACGGAGAGACUAGCGAAAGUGGCGCGCCACCUGGAGCCAUGGCGGGACCUCACCGGCAAAGUGGUGAUGGUCACCGGAGCUUCGUCGGGACUCGGCCGAGAAUUCAGCCUCGACUUGGCAAAAGCCGGCUGCAGAGUAAUAGUAGCGGCGCGCCGACUCGACAGGCUUAAAUCUCUCUGCGACGAGAUCAAUGGAGCCGGUUCCGGUGGAUCCAGCUCCGUUCCGCCGCCCUGUGCGGUGGCGAUUGAGCUCGACGUCAGCGCGGAUGGCCCCGCCAUCGAGGCCGCCGUUCUCAAGGCUUGGGAAUCGUUCGGACACAUCGACGCCUUGGUUAACAAUGCCGGUAUCAGAGGUACCAGACAGACUCCAUUGGACCUGACAGAGGAAGAAUGGAAUGACAACAUAAGAACAAACCUAACCGGAACAUGGCUGGUCACAAAAUAUGUGUGCUUGCUCAUGCGCAAUGCUAAACUGGGAGGAUCUGUCAUCAACAUCUCCUCCAUUAGCGGCCUUAAUCGCGUGCAAUUCAUGGGGUCUCUGGCUUAUUCUUGUUCAAAGAGUGCUGUUAACACCCUCACAAUGGCGAUGGCGCUUGAACUGGGAGCUUAUGGGAUAAGAGUGAACUCCAUUUCUCCUGGGAUUUUCAAGUCCGAGAUUACCAAGAAUCUGGUUACCAAAGAUUGGCUCAAAACCGUUAUCCAGAGGGCUGUGCCUUUAAGAACAUAUGGCACAACGGAUCCGGCACUCACCUCGCUUAUACGCUAUUUAAUCCACGACUCCUCCGAAUAUGUGUCUGGAAAUAUUUAUGUCAUAGAUGCUGGGUCCACUUUGCCUGGUCUCCCCCUUUUCUCUUCCCUCUAAAUGGGAGAUCCCCCUCGACAGGGAGAAUUUUAAGUCUUUUAAACUUUGAAGGGUGAAGUUAGAGUUCGGACUGAUGUAUAUGAAAAUAAAAAUAAUUAUAAUAUGGGAUUGUAGCAGUCAAAAAGUUACAGUAAAUUUUUGUAUAUGCCUAUGUUAUUUUACAGCUCGCAUGACAUUUGAUGUUCUGUUAAUUGUUUGUGAUGAUUUCUAAAAUUAGCACAAAUACCUUGGUAUAAA